GAUCGACGAAGGCAAGAGUUGGGCUGUAUAAUAGAUGAGCCUAUUACUUGGACUCCAGCCUUUGGAAUGAGCCGGCUCUCCAAGGAAGCCUGCUAGACUUCAUGCUCUGCUGCACACUCAGGAAUGUCAGGAUGGAAGGCGGAGCACACAGAAACAUGGGCAACAUCUGGUGGCUUGUUGAAUUACUGCAACAGCAGAGGCACCAGGACCAUUGAUAACCGGAGGAAAUUAUCAAAUAAAGCAGUCGUGACUUUACCAUGGAUCACCACGUCACCUCUGUCAGCUUUACUCUGGUGGAUGAAGGCCACAUGGAGGACCAGCGCUCUCUCCUCCCUUCACCAAGGACGCUUUCACCGCGCCGGGCAUGCCCUCCUCAGUGCGGGAUACACCACACGGUGCAGAGAUCAGCGGACCACACGGUGUGGCUGGACAGAACCCAGGCCAUGGCCACCAUGCCUUUAUACAAUAGCCACCUUUGCCCCAGAGCCUCGCCGUGCUCUGUGAGAAGAGGAGACAAAGGCAAAGGCAAGAACCGGAAGAAGUCUGAGACUUGCAAACAAUCCCACAAGGAUCGGAACCACAAAGGCAAAGCCAAAAACUCAAACGCUUCCAGACUCCAGGUGGAAGCGUCCUCUUGUAAUGACGUUUCGCCGUGCGGGUCCCCCUUUAAGAGCUGCAGGAGGCAAGUCCACCUCAAGGAUGAAAGGAGGCCAGAUAACCUUUCCUUGGAGAUGAACGACCGCCAUAGCCUCCCAGAGAUCAUCAUCACCAGCAGGGAUGACGAAGACCUCCACCCUCACACAGAGUCGCCGCCGUCUGAGGCAGCGGGCCUGCUGCCGGGGUCCGAGCGCGACACCCCCCGCACUCCCCAUUCCAGUCCCAAACACAAGGCGGACGCUAAGGACGACCAGUACUGGAAGACCCACAGCAUCGGGUGGCGGCUGGUGCGCAGGAGGGCCCUGUUUUUACGGAGGCAGCGCCUGAAUGACUGCGCUCUUGCCGUGGGGAUUUUUGGCGUGGUCAUGAUGGUGACGGAGACCGAACUCUCUUGGAGCGUCUACAGCAAGAGCUCCGUCUCCUCGCUCGUGCUCAAAUCCAUCAUCAGUGUGUCCACCAUCAUCCUGCUGGGCCUCAUCGUGGCGUAUCACUGCUGCGAGGUGCAGCUCUACGUUCACGACAGCGGGGCGGAGGACUGGCGCAUCGCCAUGACGACCGAGCGUUCGGCCCUGAUAGCGCUGGAGCUGGCGGCGGCGGCCAUCCACCCGUACCCGGUGGGCCUGCUGGCCUACUUCCAGCAGACCGCCGCCACGCCGCUGCCGUUGUCGGAGACGGAGCUGGAGAUCGUGCUGGCGCUGCCCAUGUUCCUCAGGCUCUACCUGCUGGGCCGCGCCAUGAUGCUGCACAGCCGCCUCUUCACCGACACGGCGUCGCGCAGCAUCGGGGCGCUCAAUAAGAUCCACUUCAACACUCGCUUUGUGGGCAAAACCCUGAUGACCACCUACCCGGGCACCGUGCUCAUGGUCUUCAGCGUCUCCCUGUGGCUCGUCGCCGCCUGGGGUCUGCACGUGUGCGAGAGACACCACAACUACAGAGACCUGAGCAGCAACUACAUGGAGGCCCUGUGGAUGGUCUCCGUCACCUUCUUGUCCAUCGGCUACGGCGACGUGGUCCCUCACACCUACUGCGGGAGGAGCAUCUGCCUCCUCACCGGGAUCAUGGGCGCCGGCUGCACCGUGCUGGUGGUGGCGGUGGUCGCACGCAAGCUGGAGCUGACACGGGCUGAGAAGCACGUGCACAACUUCAUGAUGGACUCGCUCAUCUCAAAAAGGAUCAAGAUUGCAGCCGCCAACGUGCUGAGAGAGACGUGGCUCAUCUACAAACACACCAAGCUCUCCAGGGAAAAAGACCACACAAGGGUCCGCAUGCACCAACGAAAGCUGCUGCUCGCCAUCCACCAGUUGCGGCGCCUGAAGGUGGAGAAGAGCAUCCUGGCAGACCAAAGCAACACACUUAUGGACAUGUGCAAGGUGCAGACCCUUUUGUACGACGUGCUGGGUGAAGUGCAGGGCUGCAGAUCGGAGCUGGACACACACAUCCACGGCCUGGAGAAACACGUGGAGGAGUUAAGGGAGGGUUUCCGCAGCUUAAUGCCGCUCCUGUCCAAUACUUUGUCCAUGCAGAACUCCUCCAUCAGACACCUGCUCAGGGAAAGGGAGAAGAACAGCGAGACAGCAGGAGAGAGUAGUGAGAGGUAGAUGAGGCACGCCCCCUGGUGGAGAGAGUUAGCACACCUGCUCACGUGACUGCAGUAGAUACUUACACAAAUUCUGCCUUUCCAAAGAACGAGGUUGAUUUUAGACUGAUAGUGGAGCUAAAAUCACAAUCAUGACAAAUGAUCUACUAAUCUAAAUAAUUUUGUUCAAAUAGAAAAUAUGUCCUUACCGUAUUUUUCGGACUAUAAGUCGCAGUUUUUUUUUCAUAGUUUGGCCGGGGGUGCGACUUAUACUCAGGAGCGACUUAUGAGUGAAAUUAACACAUUACCGUAAAAUAUCAAAUAUUAAGCUCAUUCACGUAAGAGACUAGACGUAUAAGAUUUCAUGGGAUUUAGUGAUUAGGAGUGACAGAUUGUUUGGUAAACGUAUAGCAUGUUCUAUAUGUUAGUUAUUUGAAUGACUCUUACCAUAAUAUGUUACGUUAACAUACCAGGCACGUUUUCAGUUGGUUAUUUAUGCGUCAUAUAACGUACACUUAUUCAGCCUGUUGUUCACUAUUCUUUAUUUUAAAUUGCCUUUCAAAUGUCUAUUCUUGGUGUUGGGUUUUAUCAAAUAAAUGUCCCCAAAAAAUGCGACUUAUACUCCAGUGCGACUUGUUUUUUUCCUUCUUUAUUAUGCAUUUUCGGCCGGUGCGACUUAUACUCCGGAGCGACUUACACUCCGAAAAAUGCGGUAUAUACAAGGACAAUGGUUCUAUAAUGUUCGCAUUUGUUUUAGGAAUACAAUUUCAUCAAAUUAAUAUGAUACAGCCAGCGAUACUAUCUGUUUGAAUUAUCAGCGUUCAAAUAGCUUUUUGUAUCAAUGACAAACUGCACUUUGUAUAAGAUGUUCUGAUGUAACAAUAAUUAGUAUGUUGUCAAAAUGAUUCAUUCUAAUAAAUAAAGCAAACAUGUGUU